AUGGAGAUCAAGUUAAGUGGCCUCGCCGUGUUCGUGGCCCUGGCGGGCGGGUUAAGUUUCAUCUUCCUGGUGGUAGCCGUAGGGACCGACUUCUGGUACAUCAUCGAUGCCUCCAAACUGGAGCGGUUAAACAAUUCCUCGGCGGCGCUGAGCUCGCACUCGGGGCUCUGGCGGACCUGCAGACCUAGGAGCAAAUGCUUCCCUCUGAUGAACCCUUUCUGGUACGAGAACAUAAACUUGACUGCUUCGCACAAACAACUUUUAAACAUGCAUGGGACAUUUGUAAUCCUGCUGCCUCUCAGCCUGAUCCUGAUGAUUUUUGGAGGAAUGACUGGAUUUAUCAGUAUGCUUGCCAGGGCCUACCUGCUGCUUCUAAUGAUGGGAUGGCUUUUUCUUUUUGGAGGCCUUGUUACGCUCACUGGGAUCAGUGUCUACAUUGCAUACUCAGCGGCUGCCUUCAAGGAAGCUCUCUGCCUUUUGGGAAGGAACAAUCUCUUGGAGGAAGUUGACAUCAAGUUUGGCUGGUCUUUGGUGCUUGUGUGGGUCUCCUUCAUUGCAGAGGUGCUGACUGGGGCAGCAUUCCUGCUGGCUGCCCGAGUAGUAGGCCUCAAACAGAGACAGGAGCAGAGGAUCUGAAGCAGCAAUGCAGCCUAAAGAUAAUGUGGAACUGACUGGAUCAAUGUGGAUAAGAAGAAUGGCAAAACUUCUCCUGAGCGUACCAUGCUGCUGAGCUAGCUCUUCUCUUAACCAGU